AUGUCGACUCGUUCACGGCGGCAUCGUUCAUCGACCGUAGCAUCAUCUGCCCCCGAGAGUACGAAAGCUACUGUUGAGCUCCAGCUCCUAAUCGACAACCUCUCCAAUACAGUCUCUGCGCAUCGAGAUGCCUUCGCAGACGCGUAUCCGGAUAUUCCGGCCUUGAUCGAUCAGACACAGUCCUUGCGACAGUAUCUGAUAGCGUCAGCCGCGGGUUCCAAAGUCAAUGAUGAUUUCCGGCAUCUCUCUGGCUUCAACACCCUCCUCGAUACGCUUCGCGCAUUCUCAGGCUUCUACCAUCCUACAAAACGAGAUACAAAGACCAAAGGCCAGUUAUUUCAGCUUAUAGGGGUUAUACUGGGGGUUUUGGCACAAACGUUUCGGGAUCAUUAUGGAAAUAGAAGAUACUUUCAGCGCCGGGUAGAAGGAGGGGGGUGGUCUGCUCUGGAGCAGGCCAUUGCCAGUAUAGGGAUUGGGGGCAGUGAGUCCGACAUAUGGGGAGAAGGACAGCUAUUUGGGCGAUUACUGGCCUUUGCCCUUGACGACAAGAGAUUCGAGUUGUUAUGUCAAAAAGCGGCCGAGCUACAUCCAUCUAUUAAACCGGAGGACAAGACCGCAGGCGAGAAAGGCAAGCCCGAGUACUUCCCCCAGACGGAAAGCGACCUUACAGAGAGCUCCUCAGUCGAAAUUGUGGGAAAUGAUGACCAAGUCGUAAAAACGGUGGAAAACAAGCUGCAAUUGAUUAUAAGCGAAAGUGCUUUGCUUUACAAUGCAGACAUUGUACCAACCAUCAUCGACUUUUGGAAAACCAUACCCCGCGAACCAGGCACAUCUGUCAACCCAGCAGCUCUCGUUGUCAUUCUGACCUUGAUCAAGAUUGCAUCGGUAUCAAGCCACAAUCUGCUUGCUCUACAUGGUACUGGUAUUCUAUCAACACUUCUGCCCUUAGCCUUCGAUAAUGAUUCUCCUCUCGCUGUUUCAGAGAAGCGCUGUGUGGAACGUCUAUGCAGUUCUUUGAUAAAUCUCGGCGUCAGUACUCUUAGCGAUGCCCAAUAUCUAAUUUGUAGCAAAUCAUCCUCUGCGAAAGAUUUUCUUCUCAAAUCGCUCAAGGCCUCAGAUCGCCCUGCCUAUAUUCAAUUUGAUCUCUCCUUGAAUGGAUAUGCGUCUGUCGAACUACCCACACUGGGCAGGUCCUUCCCUCCUCCGUCUUCAGCAGCCGGGUAUACUUUCACAGCUUGGGUUUAUGUGGAUCAUUUUGAUCCGAAUGCCCAUACUACUAUAUUUGGCGCCUUUGAUUCAACCCAAACCUGUUUUGUGCUUGCGUAUCUUGAAAAAGAUACUCGGAACUUCAUUCUCCAAACUUCGGUGACCUCGUCUCGACCAAGUGUCCGAUUCAAAUCUACCGUGUUUGAAGACCGUCGUUGGUAUCAUCUUGCGCUUGUACAUCGAAGACCAAGGACUAUGUCAUCAAGUAAGGCCGCUUUGUAUGUGGAUGGAGAGUUUGUAGAACAAGUCAAGUGCCAAUACCCGACGCCACCUCCUCCAGCCCAUGCUGGUAAUGAGAGCUUCUCCGCUUUUACCUCAUCAAAUACCAAAACGAAUCCGGUGCAGGCUUUUAUUGGAACACCUCAAGACUUAUCAGCACGUCUGGGUCCCGGGGUGGUCUUUUCGCGUUGGUCUUUGGCAUCAGCUCAUCUGUUUGAAGAUGCCCUUAGUGACGAUCUCGUUGCUGUCUACUUCCGUCUUGGACCAAGAUACAACGGUAAUUUCCAGGACUGUCUAGGCUCUUUCCAGACAUACGAAGCUUCUGCUGCGCUGGGAAUGCGCAAUGAGCUCAUGCAUCCAGGAAAGGACGAGAGUUCAGACAUAAUAAGUGCGAUACGAGAAAAGGCAAGCAAUCUUGUUCCCGAAAGUCGAAUACUCCUCAGUAUUUUGCCGUCCGCGGUCAUAUCAGACGAUGACAGGCACAAGAUCCAUGAAAGUCAAUUACUUCGUGGUUUAAAUCGCAUGGCAUCAAACAAUCUGUUCCAGCUGACACACAAUAAUGGCACGCAUCUAGCGAUCAAUGCGGCUAUUCCAUCUAUCAACGAGGCCUUGUCUCGAUCUCAAGGCGUGGCUGUUUUGACAGGCGAUCCUGUUGUGAUUAUUCCACAAUCUUUAGACAGCACACUGUGGCAAUUGAGCGGUCUCGCUGGUAUCUCCUUGAAGCUGGUCGAGGAUGCUACAACAAGAGAUGAGAUCACCCGAGCUGUAGAAAUACUAUUCGAGACAAUCAAGGGCAGUUGGAGGAAUAGCGAGGCUAUGGAGCGAGAAAAUGGCUACGCCAUGCUUGGUGCCCUACUUCGUGGCAAAAUGGGUGCCGGUGUGGUUGUCUCGACUCGAGGAAACGAUAAUACAGCCUCUCAAUUAUCUAGCGAGGAGCGAGAUCAAUUGGGCUUUCAAUUGCUGAGUCUUGUUCUUGGCUUUGUUGGAUAUGACCAUGAGAGACCCGAAGAAUCGUUCAUCAUCAAUCCGUUAGCAUAUCGUAUUCUGCUCGUAGAUUUCGAUAUGUGGCGCAAGACCGCCCUGAUCACACAGAAACUCUAUUACAAACAAUUCAUUGUUUUUGGUGUUAAUAGCAAAUUCCACCAGUUCAACUCGAGAAGGCUAUUUAGAAUGCGGAUCGUCAAAAGAUUUCUCGAUGCCUUGAAAGCGGAGACUUUUCCUCGAGAAGUUUUUCCAUCUUUCGUUGAUGCGUUAACCAGUUUAGUAAAGAGCAACAUGACAUCUGAGGUCUUUCGAUCUCUUUCGUUAUUUAUAACAUAUGCAUACCACAAGGCCCCUACUUCUGCAACUCGAACCCCCAAAGGUAAAGGUGGUACUUUACCUGGUCGGAGUACAUCUAUCUCCAGUGGCCCACGACGGUCGACAGUCAACGUCUUGUUUGAUGGUAAAGACGUGAUAUCCACGUCCAUGACUAAAAGAGAGCUGGGCAACAAGAUUCUUGAGAUGUACGCUGAGCUUCUGUGCGAAAAGGGUAGCAAUGCCAACAUCAAGAAAUUUGCAAGGACGGUGACAAACAAGUGGUUACUACAUCUCUUGAACGAGGACGACCCGGAAGUGGUAGUAUUGGGAACGAAGAUAUUAUCGCGUUUGCUAGUCGUGCAUGGAUCAAGUUAUGUGAAUAAGUUUGCACAGAAAACUGGGGGCUACGCUAUACUUCGGCAUAGGCUCAAGAGAUGGUGGGAUAUCUCUACGUUAUGGCCAAUAUGUUUUAGCAUUCUCUUUGCGAAAGACGUUGCAGAUAUUGAUUUUGAGCGACCAUUUGAGCUAUUCAGCCUUUUAGAAACAUUUGGCAAUAGCAAGGUCGUUUACCCUGCUGUUUUCCCCGUCAUCGCGGCCAUGCUGCAAAAUGGACUGAAAGAUGUUCUCCGUCAUCAAGAUGACCCAGAUUCGCCCCUGACGGAGAGAAAUGGCAAAGAAAAUCACGAUUCAAGCUUGAGUGUUCCACCUGGUCAAUCUCGUCGCCGCUCAAUGUCCUUGACCAAAGAGCUAGAAUCCCGACAAACACAACAAACAAGAGAAGUGCGGGUCGGUGGACAAGCAAGUGUGCUGAACACGGUGAUUAGGUUCUUCGCCGACCUUCACUCAAAGUCUUCUGAAUUUAGAGAUUUUGCGGUCUCUUCCGACUACAUAAGGCUCUUGCUCACGGUCCUCUUCCCAGUCAUUGUGAGCUCUGAUGCUGUCAGCGCCGAAACAGAACUGAACUCACGAGACUCUGCUUUGACAUUUGAAGGAGAUGAUGUGAUAAUUCGGCCAAUGUCUCGAGCCACAACCACCCCUGCGCCGGUGGUGCGGACAUCAACAGUAGAAACAAUGCUUCCACCUAGCCCGACGACACCAAGAGCGAGACCCCUCCGGAGAGGAUCUUCUUUCAUCUUACUAACCGCAAGACCAUCGGAAUUCAGUCCAUCUGCUGCUAGACUUAGCCUAGUCAUGUCACCAAAGAAGAAAGUAGCAGCGCAAAAGGUCAGCAGUUCAGUUGUGGAAUCGCUCUUAGAAGUAGUGAUCAAUGUCUUUAUUGAUCAAGUCAUGACCCGAAAGGAUUUUUCGGGCUUUGGGCUGUUUCUCAAAACUCCGCCGGGGUUUCAAGAACACCAAGCAUAUUUCGAAUCUUACUUACUGCGAAAUACUAUCUCGCAGCUAUCAAAUACAAUCCAGCUGGACCAAAAGUCUCUAUGGGAGCCAAAGGUCCUACAAAAUCUGGCACGAUUUACGACACAUAUGGGCGAGGCAAUCUUUGAGGGUUGGUUUUUAAGUGGUGCAGAACCAUUGCUUGAUUUCACAGGUGCUGUACUAGAGUAUUUGCAGAGACCAGAGAUCUGGAAAAUCAAAAGCGUGAGGCUUUGCAGCCAGGCUAUUCUCACAAUGAAAAGUGUGUUUCUAAGGGUCGUUCUGCUGCAAUUAUCAGAUUUGGAUAACGAACAAGUCUCGGAAGAAGAGGCUGUAACCUUCAUGGAUAAGCUUCUAUAUUGGCAAACUGUCAUGCUUUCUUCCGAUGGUAGCGAAGAUGAGCACCUCAAACUCAUUUGUUAUCAACUCUACAUAAAGCUUGUGGACUCGCGACCUCGAGUGCGGCUAGUCGCUGCAGAUCUCUGGCGUAUUAUGUUGGUGCAAAAGCCAGAAGAGACGUCGAUGAUGUUUCAGCAAGCAAUGUCUUCAGAGCACAAAACACUAGCCACAGGCUUCAAGAAGCUGAUGGAACUGGACAACGAAACCUUUGUGGCUUGGGUCGAUGACCAACGCGCAGAACUUGAUGCUCUAUUCUUUGGUGCCAUGUCUAGAUCCUGGGAAGAUUUCGUGGAUGCAGAAAACAAGAAGACGGAAGAGACAGCUAAGAAUCGGGUUGCCAAACGUCGCGAUCGACUGCGUCACUGGCAUGAAGACGAUACCACUAAUGAGAGAUUCAUAUUCUCCCACGAUCUUGCAACUUCAUCAUGGAUGAAGAAUAUCUACGCCUCUGAACAUCUCAAGCACCAGAGAGCACAACAAGACCAGCAAGACAACUUUAGUUUCCUGGCCUCCGCUUACACAAAAAUGAACCGCGAACUUUCAAGACCUUGUGGCGUAUUUGACAGUGGAGCGACGACGAAGUGGAAGUUAGAUAGGACUGAAGGGCGAAAUCGUAUGCGUCUCCGACUGCUGCCAGAUCGAACUGGGCCAAUUUAUGACUAUCAACCUAAGAGACGAAUCACUGAUGCUAGUGCCAACGGGUCUAUCAGGAUCAAUACCAAACAGCCGUUACAGCAGUUGAAUGAUCUCGGAUCAACCCCUAUCUCAGCCCAUCCAGCUACCAAUUUUGAUGGAUCUCCUCAACCUGAGACUCUCUUCAGUCUUCAGAACGAAACAAAUGUCGAUAAUGAUGGGAAUGCUAUUCCCGAAGAAGAAUUCGAGCUUGUGGAAGGUCCCAACGAUCCAGGAGAUGGUGAGGACAUGUAUGAAGACAAAAAUCGAAAGGUCAUGCGCAGUCUCCAGAGGGGUGAUCAAGUUCAGCAGGUCUUCAAUAUCUCUAGAAUCAUAGGCCUAGAAGCUGGGGAAGGUCUUUUGAUCAUUGGUAAGGAUUCACUUUACCUUAUUGAUAAUGUCUUCCAGAGGUCUGAUGGAGAGAUUGUACAUGUUUCUCAAGCUCCACCAGAAGAAAGAGAUCCCUACUUACAAAUGAUCGCCGGUCCACCUCCACCAAAAGGAGAGCCUAAAAAUUCUACACAACCAAGUCGAGCCGACCAAGAGUCCAGAAGUUGGAAAUGGAACGAUGUUAUCAGCAUUUCUAAAAGACGCUUCCUCUUCCGCGACGUUGCAAUUGAAGUAUUUUUCACCGAUGGCCGGAGCUACCUACUCACUGCCAACCUCCCUCAAGUAAGAGAUGAUCUGUUUGCCAAGCUAUCUCACAAAGCACCACACACGAACGGGAGCUCGAAUCUCCCAAAUCCAGAAGAUGCUUGGCGGUUAGAGUCUCUGAGAGUCACCGAAGAGGCACCAGCAACAUUCGGUUCGAAGUUUGGUAGUAUCUUUAAUUCCUCUGCGUGGAAUCCCGCUAUGAGAAGAUGGGCGAGGGGAGAAAUUUCCAAUUUCCAUUACCUUAUGCUUGUCAAUACAAUGGCUGGCCGCACCUUCAACGAUCUGACUCAGUAUCCUGUAUUUCCAUGGAUCCUGGCCGAUUACACUAGCGAAGAACUCGAUCUAAACAACCCGGCUUCUUACAGAGACUUAUCUAAGCCCAUGGGAGCUCAGCAUAACUCCCGUGCGAACGAUUUUGUUGAGAGAUACAAGACGUUUGCAGAUAUGGGUGAUUCAAACCUCCCAGCUUUCCAUUAUGGUACUCAUUACUCGUCGGCUAUGAUCGUCACGUCUUACCUCAUUCGACUGCAACCAUUUGUGAAAUCUUUUCUCCUACUUCAAGGUGGAAACUUUGAUCAUGCAGAUCGGAUGUUCUACUCGAUUCAGAAAGCUUGGCAGUCAGCUUCGAAGGAUAAUAUGACGGAUGUCAGAGAACUCAUACCAGAGUUCUUUUACUUGCCAGAAUUCCUCAGCAAUCAUAAUGGAUUUAACUUUGGUACUCGGCAGAGUGAUGGUGGCUCCGUAGAUUCGGUAGCACUUCCUCCAUGGGCUAAAGGAGAUCCAAAGAUCUUCAUCGCCAAACACAGAGAAGCACUUGAGAGUCCUUAUGUUAGCAAACAUCUUCAUCAGUGGAUCGAUCUCAUUUUUGGAAGUAAGCAAAGAGGAGAGGCAGCCGUGGAAAGUGUGAAUGUCUUUCAUCAUCUUUCGUACCACGGCGCAACCAACCUUGAUGAUAUUCCGGAUGAAGAAGACCGAAAGAGGACAAUCAGUAUUAUCCAUAACUUUGGCCAAACACCAUACCAAGUCUUUUCCCGGCCACAUCAACCUCGUGAUGAACGAAACCGUCCGAGGAGGCUGGAUACAUCAGCCGAAGCUCUUACACGACUUCCUUUCCCUCUUUUCGAAAGUAACGAACGAGUCGUUUCCCUCGUCUAUUCUCCAAAACUAGACCGUCUUCUAUGCGCUACAGCAUUCGAACUAAAUCUCCCACCACAAUUUGACAAAGUCUUCAAAUGGGGUUUCGCAGACUGCAGUGUCCGUUUCUACUUCUCCGAAAGCAAAAAGCUGGCAGGCCUAUUCGAAAACCUUCACCAAGGACAAUUAUCAUGCGCCAUCUUCGCCUCCUCCCAAAUGCUCAUCACCGCCGGAGAAGACUGCGUCCUCUCCGCCCACACAAUUGUAACUUCGCAAUCCAAACCCGUCGAACUCCAACCCCGCGCCUCCCUCUUCGGCCACAAAACCCCGGUCACAACCCUCGCUGUCUCCAAAUCCUUUUCCACUCUCCUCUCCGCCUCCCUCGACGGCACCGUCAUCCUCUGGGACCUCAACCGUCUCGAAUUCGUCCGCAAACUCACCAGUGGUCGCCAGGUCGAAUGCGCAAAGAUAAACGAUGUCACGGGCGAUAUCCUCAUCUGUCGCGGUCAGAAAGUCUCCCUCUUUACCCUCAAUGGCGAGACGAUUCUAGAGCAGAACGUCUGUCCGGAACAUCAUGAUGAUUAUAUAUCCGCUUGUGCAUGGUAUGAGGGGACGGGGAACGAGUGGCUUGAGAAUACCCUUCUUUUCACUGGUCACCGUCGCGGGAUUGUGAAUGUGUGGCGUAAGGUCGUGGGUGUCAAGGGGUGGAAACUGGAAUUGGCUAAGAGACUCAAUCAUGGUGAUGGGGGUGGGAAUGAGGGGACUGCGCUCGGUGGUGGGAAGAGCGGCGCGGGGGAUGCGGCGAUUAGCUGUAUUACCCCUAUGCCGCAAAUGUUAUAUACCGGGGAUGAGGAUGGGAGAGUUUAUGAAUGGGAUUUAGUACAACGUGAAAGGUGA